AUGCCUAGCGGUAUCCUCGACCGAGACGAACGACGUGCGUGGCUUGAUGAGCAAACGAAAGAGCGUAAGAAGCAGCGGGAGCGUGAACAAGAGCUACAACUUGCAGCUUUCGAGCUGGAAAACCAGAAACUGUGGGCUCCUUUUGCCCAUCAAGCCAAGACUUCGGGAGAACUCAACAUCGCUUGGAAACAAGCUCGCGGUUUCUUCACAUGGGAACGAGUUCUGCCUUUCCGCGAUCUAUUGGCGUUGAGAAUUACAGGUCAUGACUUAGGAGAACUACCGGAAGCUCUUCCACUAGCGCUUCCUUCACUAGAGACGCUGUCGUUUAUCGACGAUGGCCUUGAAAAACUUCCGGAGAGUAUCGGGACGCUGAGGUAUCUGAUGGAGCUGGAUUUAACCAAAAACCGACUUCGAGAACUGCCAGAUACACUCACAAAACUUACAGCACUGAAAAUAUUAAACUUGUCCUGUAAUGUAUUGGAGAAACUACCUGAAGAGUUCGGGAAACUCGAAAAACUUGAGAAAAUAUGGCUGGAAAACAACAAACUUACGCAACUUCCAGCGUCCAUCGGAGGCUGUCGAAGUGCUCGUUGCGCUAACUUUAAUUGUAACAAACUAUCGGAACUUCCCGAGUCGAUAGGAGCGCUCACAGCGCUCACAGCCUUGUCAGUCAACAUGAAUGAGUUGAUCGAACUACCUGACACUAUCGUGGCUCUCCCGAAUCUACAGUCGCUGCAUGCAUCGCGUAACCAGCUCAUCAAACUACCUCGUUGUAUCGGCGACAUGCAGGCGCUUCGAGAACUGCGACUGGACUGGAAUUCCAUUCAAGAACUUCCUUUUUCCUUCCGUGCACUCACUAAUUUACAGUUUCUUUGUAUGGAACAAAACCUGCUGCGUUUACCAACCAUCGACGUCAUCGCACGGGGUGUACCCGAGACUCUGAGUUACAUGGACAAAGCUCUUGUCGAGUUCCAACGAAGCAGCAGACGAGAAGUUGUCGAAGCUCUUCUGGACUCCAAUUGCGAUCAUCUCGCACCUCCUAACUGCGAACUAAAGCUGUACGGAGUCGUAUGGGACAAUUUCUACUCCGAUUUACUCCCUGCAAUUGAGCGAGCUCCCAUGCCGUUCUCGCAACGUUUUUCUCCGGAAGAGAUCGAAGACGCGCUCAUGAACUACGACGACAAGUUCGGCGUCGUCAGUGUAGCUGGUGGGGGAGAUAUCCCAGGCGUUCUGGUCGAAUUUCGGCAAUGCGCUUGUCUGGACCCAGUGGCUCUCCGUGAACGUAAUCAACAAGUCCGUAAAGCCUGUUUGCCUCGAGCAGAGCCGUACCGUUGUCAACGUAUGGGUCGACUUCUACGGGCUCAGAUGCUUACGAAGGAUCAAGCUCAAGACCAGCUCGCUAGUCUCUACUUACGAGCCAAAGUGGCUCGUCUCGAACUGAAAACGCGACGUCGAGCGAUCGAGUACAUUAAUUCCACCUUGGGCGUGGUGCACUUUGAGCGUACAGCGCGAGUCUUGGCGCACGAGAUGCUACAACGUCGUCGUCGCCUGCGAAAACUCUACAGAAAGCACGAAAAGGCUCAGCGUCAACUCGAUUCUCGUCGUGACAAACUUCGUCGGAAAGUUGAAGCUUUCCAGCGUGCGAAAGACGUGCGAUUGGAGUCAUCCAAAGAUAAAUAUUCCCGUUUAGAGAAGGACCGGGAGACUGUAAAACACGAGCUGGAGAGAGCAAUCGCGAAAGACAAAGGCGGUGCGUUAGCGGCAGCGAAGACGAAGAAAUUAGGAAAAGUAGACGAGAAAAUGUCCAAGUUAAAAGCAGAAUUGGAAGAGUCAGGACCAGAGAAUGCGAAGAUUUAUGACAUCGAACGAGCCAUCACGAGUCUGGACGUGGAGAAGCGAGCACUUCACAAGGCCACGGAGAAGACCCACGGUGACUCCGAGGACGACUCCGACGAAGAGGAAGCUCCAGAGACUGAGACGUCAAAGGAGAGCUCUACAGAGGCACCAGCGGAACCGUUUUUCGAUAUCGAAAUGCCUGAUAUGAAUAUUCAAGAUUAUCGUAAAGCUGCUAUGAAAAUUCCAAAUUUCAUCAUGCCGCUGGACGUUCCGGUUGAGGAACUUAUGGAGCUGUUCCAGACUCAAAUUCGAGAUUCGUACGUGGAAAUGCAGUGCACGAAAGUGUCGAAACAGGCCACGAAAGAAUUUCUUCAGAUGCGAGCAGUGCUUCAGAGAUGGCACGGCAUGGGUACACGUGCUGUGUUUGAAGCCUGGCACGAAGUGGCUCGAGCAAGUCGCUUGGAUGCAAACGCUGUUAAGGCUCGUGCUGAACGGAAGAAAUUACUGGAGAAGCAGAAUAGAGAACUCGAAGAGCAACUUGCACGUGUGGAAGCUCGACUAUGGGUACAGCGUUCGGAUAUGUAUACGGACGCAAUCUACUUUGAGAACGAGCAAACAGGUGAGACCCGAUGGGAACCUCCGCAGUAUUGGGCGGAGGAGCAGCAGCGACAACGACCAAAUAUGAAGAUGGACGACGUUCCUCGACUCAAACUUCCUCCAAUUUAA